UCUAAUAAAUUCUUAAUUAUCAAACAUGGCGGCCAAUUUGUUUUAACCAAGAAUUAAAUUUGGAACCGAAGAAAAACUAUCCUUCAGAGUUGAAGAUGUGAAAAGCGUAUAAUCCUAUUGAUGGAGCUCUUUUAUUUUCUACUUUUCGUCUCCUGUUCAUUGUUCGACAAAGGUCUUCCUUAUGACUUGUUCGACCGCGACUGUGUAACUGAACACAACAAGCUGAGAAAGCUUCAUGGUUCCCAGCCCCUCUCGUGGUCUGAGUCUCUUGCUGUGGAUGCACAGAAGUGGGCGGAGUAUCUUGCAAUAAAUGACAAGAUCGAACACGAUGGCGACACUUUGGUAGAGAAAGACGAGGGUGAGAACAUAGCCUGGUUUGUGCCACCUCAACCGAAAUGCCAAGGAUCCUUGAAACCUAAUUGUUUCACGUGUAGCGAGGUAGUGCAGAACUGGUACGACGAGUCAGGGAACUAUAAUUACCAAAUGGGAAUCGCAAAGAAGCCUGAUUUGCCGAUCAAACACUUUGCACAGGUUGUGUGGAAUGCCUCAAUGGAGAUAGGAGUUGGAAGUGCAAUCUCUAAAACUUAUGGUUUUAUAUCAGUGGCUCGAUAUUCUCCCAAGGGUGGAGAGGGUGGACCGCAAGCCUUCAUCAAAAAUGUUUUUCCUAAAGGCGCAGCACCCUUUUUAAGAGAAAGCGAUUUGACAUCUCCAUCUUCAACGCCAAAGCCGACCAUGUCAGGGGGUACAGGAAACACAGCCUUCCAAAAUGAAAGCUCGCCUCUUGAUAGCGAUCAAGAAUUGACAAAUCAGGAGUUAGAACAAAAACCUAUGGAAGAUAUUACCUGUGGAAUUGUCAAAAGGAGAGGGCCAACAGGUAAUGAAGCUAUUAAGCCAGGAGAAUUCCCUUGGCAAGUGGGCUUCAGAUAUCAGAACCAACUGGGCAAGUCAAACCUGUUUUGUCGCGGAUCCUUAUUGGAUAGAGAGUGGAUUUUGACAGCUGCGCAUUGCUUUGUAGUUCGUGUAAAUCCAAAGUUUAAGUUGAAAGUCCUCCUUGGUGAAUUUGAUGCUCAGAACGAAGAUGGUCGAGAGGUCGUUGCGGAGGCUUCCAAAGUGAUUAGACAUCCUCUGCAUAGAAAGAACACUAAAGAUUAUAACAUUGCGCUCGUCAAGUUAAAAACGCCUCUUAAAGACUUUAAUGACUAUAUGAGGCCGAUUUGUUUACCGGAUCAAACAGUGUCGUUUUCAGGUGGCGAAAUUUGUACUGUGACUGGUUCAGGACUAGAUUACUCUUUGGAAAAUGCUGAAAAUACGCUUCGAGCAGUCGAUGUUCCCAUUCUAACUCCUGAAGAAUGUCGAACGAGCGUCCGUUGGUUAACAGACAGAAUGUUAUGUUCAGGAUACACGGAAAGGGUUCUGGACACAUGUAAAGGCGAUAGUGGUGGACCUCUCGCAUGCUACAAUAAGGGAAAGUUUUACUUGGGGGGAAUUGUCAGUCACGGUAAAAGAUGUUCCAGGGCUCGCUCGCCAAACAUUUAUACAAAUGUGAAAUAUCUCAAGCCCUGGAUUAUUCACAUAACGAAAAAGGUUGGAAGGAAAAGAGGAGAACUGAAAAGGUGUUCGACAUUCGACAUGCACCUACUUCAUUUAUUUGCAUUUAUAUUCUGUGCCUCUCUUCUUUGUGCAGGGGUCAGCAGUUAUGAUGACUUUGGCAAAACUUGUGUUUUGUCUCACAAUGGUCUCAGAAAACUUCACGGGGCGCAGCCUGUCGCUUGGUCAGAAGAGUUAGCCGAGGAAGCCACGAAAUGGUGCGAAAAACUCGCCAUGCAGGACGAACUAGAAAACGACAACAGAACAAUGGACUCAAAAAACCGGGGAGAAAAUAUUGCUGCGACGUCUGACACUAGUUCUAAAAGUGGAGGUCCAAGUCCUGAACUGUGUGCUAGGGCUGUCGAUGAGUGGUACUCGGAAAUAGUAAACUACAAUUAUGAGACAGGAUUGCCUAAAUCCCCGGGACUGCCUAUCAAGCAUUUUGCUCAGAUUGUCUGGAACAGUACAUUUGAAAUUGGUGCUGGAACUGCUCGAUCCUCAGCUCAUGGUGACAUUGUCUGCGUUCGCUACAGUCCGCGAGGAGCUGAAGGAGACCCUGAUACGUUUAAAGCAAAUGUCUUUCCUGCAGAGGGUGCUCCUCCAAGCAACCUCCCAGAAGAAGGGACCAAAUCUUUUGGUGUUCAACAAACUGGACAGACGGGAAAGUAUAGUGGGAGUAUUACCUGCGGUGUCGGUAAGAGGUCUCGUAUCGUCGGUGGGGAGCAAGCGAGGCCCUCUGAGCUUCCCUGGCAGGUUGGCUUUAGAUAUGACGGUCGUUACAGCAGAACGAACAUUUUCUGCGGUGGAACUCUCAUCGAUGAGAAUUGGGUGGUGACAGCUGCCCACUGCUUUGAAAAUCCAAGCUAUGAUAUGACGCUUAAGGUCAUCCUUGCAGAAUUUGAUACAAAAAACGAAGAUGGAAAUGAAGUGAUAAUCCCCGCAAAGAAGGUCAUCAAUCAUUCUAGAUACAACAAACGGACAAAGGAUAACGACAUAACUCUGGUAGAGUUGAGCUCAAAAGCACCAUUCAGCGACAACAUAAAGCCAAUCUGUAUGCCUACAAGUCGCACCGAUUUUCCAACUGGAACCAUGUGCACCGUGAGUGGCUUUGGCACAAUUCGGUCCAACGGACCACAAUCCAGGUAUCUGUUGAAAGCAAAUGUCCCACUUGUCGACCACCAAGAGUGCAAACGAAGCUACCGGUCACUUACGGAAAACAUGGUCUGCGCUGGAUACAAAGAGGGGAGAAUCGACUCCUGUCAGGGGGAUAGCGGAGGCCCUUUAGUGUGCCCCCAAAAUGGAAAAUAUUACCUGACAGGGGUUGUAAGCUUUGGCAUCGGAUGCGCCAGACCAGGGUAUCCAGGCGUGUACACAAAAUUUAAAAACUACCUAGACUGGAUCGAAACAACAAAGAAUAGCAAUUAAACAGACUGGAUACCUAAUGCUAUGAGACACAAUUUGAAAUAAAUUUAUGAUCGCUUUAACUAAAAAAAAAAACGCCUUCAGUUUAAGAUCAUGAACAUGUAAUCAGGUGAAGUUUCGUUAAACGUACAUAAAUUAAACUAUGCAAAAGCCUUUAGGCCCUUUCUCCCAUAUGAAUUAUAUGCACAACCCAGAUAUGCUGCCUUGCCUGAGCUAUGUUUACUGGGCAAAAUUAUAACCAAUCAACAAUUGG